AUGUCGAACACAACGGAGACUAUAAUCUCAGACUUUACACUAGUGGGACUUUCUGCUAAGUGGGAACUUUUUCUUUUCAUUGUGUUUUUUCACUUGUAUAUAAUCACCUUGAUUGGAAAUGCAUCCAUAAUUCUUGCAUAUAUUUUUAGCCCCAAUCUUCAGAAUCCGAUGUAUUUCUUUCUUACCAAUUUUUCCUUUCUGGAGAUUUUUUACAUUUCAACUACGGCUCCAAGAAUGUUGGCCGACUUCUUAUCUAAAAAUAAAACCAUAUCAUUCUAUGGUUGUGCUGCUCAGUUGUACUGUGUCUUAUUGUUGGCUGGGACUGAGUUCUACAUUUUAGCAGCCAUGGCUUAUGACCGAUAUAAUGCUAUAUGUCAUCCAUUACUAUAUACCGUCAUUAUGAACAAAUUGGCCUGUAUUCAGCUCGUUGCUGGUUCGUGGACCAUUGGGGCAACCAAUGCUUUAAUCCACACCACAUUUACAUUCACUCUGCCUUUCUGUGGAUCUCAUAAACUGAAUAGCUUUUUUUGUGAUGUCCCUGUAUUACUGAAGCUGGCCUGUAAGGACACUUGGCUAAAUGAGCUUAUUGUCUUCAUUUUUGGUGGUGGAAUGACUGUGGGGUCACUUAUAUUCACAAUUCUCUCUUACGUGAAGAUCAUAUCAACCAUCUUGAACAUUCACUCAACCUCUGGAAGGAAAAAAGCAUUUUCCACUUGUACUUCUCACUUAAUAGUUGUUACACUUUUUUAUGGUUCUGUCUUUUUUAUGUAUUUGAGACCAAAGUCAAGUUACGGUAAAGAUGAGGACAAGCUGGUGGGUAUUAUGUACACAAUAGUUACUCCAUUAUUGAAUCCUUUUAUAUACAGUCUAAGGAAUAAGGAAUUCAAAAUUGCUGUGAAGAAAAUACUGAAAAGAAUUGUGCCAUUGAAUCAUUGA